AUGCCCCGAGGCUUCGACCAACCCACGUCAAGUUCUGCUUCCCGAGCUGCCAAUGCGGGAACGCGCGAGCAGAGCCAACAACAAUCGAACAUAAGGAUUAGACAGGGUAGAUUUGAAGCUCCUGCCACAAUACCCGGAGCUGGAGAAGCAAAGCAGCCAUCCCUCACAGCAUCGAGACGCAAGUCUGUUAACCCGAUAGCUUCGCCGCUUCCACAAUCUUCGAGAGAACCUCCACCGUUUCCAGCUGGCCGCAGAUCACCUGCCUAUCUACAAGACAAGAACCCCCACGGCCAGGUCUUGGACAGGAUCGAACAUCCCUAUCGUGAGCCCAAAGCAGAGACAACAAUAGCGGUCCCAUCUGCCCAGGCUGGCUCCAGUAGCGGUGAACGAUCACGCGCGUCUGGUCCGUCUGACUCCAAGACACGACUUCGGGCUUAUGAACUAAAACAAAGCGAUCCUAUGAUAGCACCUUCAUUAUCAAGGCCGUCCAAUGUUCCCCAAUCAGUUCGUUCUGCCAAGGACUUCUUCGAGACGAGAGCCUCUCACUACCCGUCAACACCCCUUCCUCCACCUUUAACAAUCGGCGUCACCAGGAAGAGCUUUGCGCCAAAGAGUCAGCCUCCGAGUGGUGAGUGUGCUCCCACCAUCACGAUCGGAACAGCUACACCCCCCGUGGACAUGACUGAUUACAAGGAGCAAUAUGACCAUGAUGUUGAACAAGAGUCCAUGGGUCGCCGAAGGUCCACAAACAUCUUUGCGGGCACAUCUGAAGACGCCAGGCCUUUCGACAUCGACUUACAAGCCGCAAGUGACAGCUCUGCGCAAGAAUGUAUACCUGAGGAGCCGCUUGCCGGCAACGUAGAGCAAAGAUUAGUUAAUAAGUCAGAUUCCUCUGACGAAGUUGUGAGACGCCUAUCCACUCGCAGUUCAGUACCAGCUGCUGAGACCAGAGAAGCCAAGAAUCCGGAUCUUCAGUCGCAACAGGAGGGCAGACGUGCGAAGUCUGGUCGCAAUCUUCGAAGAACUUUCGAGGAAGACCAAGGAACUUCCCCCAAACGGCUUAGGCGCAGUGGAUCAUACACUGCUUCUUUAGCUGAGAUCAGCGAUUCUUCAAAGGAACCUAUCGAUCGUGUCGCUGAGUGGACUCCGAGCACGGAUACUGAAACUUCUAGCCAACAAUUUGGGAAGUCUGUCAAUGUUCGCAGGCGAGCCGAGGAGAUCGUAUCAAGGAAUCUUGGCCACGACGGAGCUAGUGACGUCAGUUCUUCUCGACGAAGCACUAUGUCAGGUCCGAUCCCAACAGCCAACAUUGGUGUCGAAGAGAAGUAUCAUGAGAUUGAAGUACCGGACGACGUCGACAACCGACAAGGUUACGGACGUCGCGUCACGCAAGACUUUGGUUUUCCGGGUGCAAGAAUCAAAUCACACGGCACGAACAGAACUAGUAAACCACUUCGAGACCCUGGUAGUUGGACUAAGCGGGCGUGUAGUCAUUUCUCAUACAUGGGUAAAGGCGAGCAUCGCGAUCAUGCACAGCAGAAGAUAUGCCGGCAAUGCUCAACUCGAGCACCACCGCCAAAACAAGUGCCAGCUACCCAACGGAGAGAACGCAGACGCGCCUUGUCUGAAUCCUCAACCUCCACAACCUCUUCUUCGAAACCACUCAAAGAUGAUAUCUGUCGCAAGCAGAGACGCCGUAGACAUCACUCUGAAUGUAUACCAUACGACAAGUGCGGGGAUGCAUUCGCUGACGAGUUGGGCUACAUUAUCGACAAUAUCCUCGAAGAGCAUGCAAACACCUUGCAGUCUAUCAUCAGCAACAUCAAGAAUAGUCAGCCCAGUCUUAAUCAGCUUCGACGAGUAUCUGGAGACCUUGUUCAGCGAUGCCGUGCCAACAGCUCCUGGAGACAACGCUGUCAAUCAUCUUGCCAAAAAGAUGAUGAUUGGCUGCUCCUUUGUCUAUAUAUCCCACCCAAAACGGCAGAAAAGCUUAACGUGGGAUCUACUGGGCAACUGAAGCCGAACCUCAACGACCCUCGUUCCAGUUUGCGCGAAGCAUUACAGUCGAUACCUGACCUUGUCGACCUGGUCAAUUCUGCAGCCGAUGAUCUUGGCAUCGAUCUCGAGCGAAGGCCUGCGGUGACCGAUGACGACUUGUUUCGCAAUGCCCCUUACGAAAGUACGCCUCGGGAAUCUGUCUCGUACCAUCCAGGAGUCUCUUUGGAAGCUACAGAAGACAAGACGGCUGAUGAAGAGCCGCCCACCGAAGACAAUUCGAUUGCUGGAGAUCUUGACGUCCGGCUCCAGGAUCAGCAAGAAGGUGAGCAGGGGGAAGAGCUCAUCGUACAUCCUGUACAACGUGUACUCAGUAGAGCUUCUGUUGGCGCCUCGCCCGAAUCUACUUGGCAUGAGAAUCCACCUGCCGAUUCCAACACUGCUCACGAUUACUAUGACGACGAGUCAUCUGUCGAAACUGCGCAGCGUAUGCUUGAGAGAAUCCCCACGCGUCUCUCUAAUGCACCUACUUGGCAGAGAAAAAGAUCUACCGGCGCUACCAUCGAGAAUUUCGAGGUGGGUCGCCCAAAUGAUCAUGAAGAAGAAGCAGUCGCAAACCUUAUACAACUCGUACUGAGCCGAGAACCCACUGGUGUGUCCAGCAAGGUUAGACUGUCGGAGUCCAAGCCGGUCGACUUUGUCAGCGGAGAUGUCCUCAGCACGGUCAAUGACAGUACUAACUACGAGCCUGCUGACGAGGUCAGAGAUGGUCCAGAGCUGAACGAGCCUGCCGAGUCGAUCAACGAAGCACAAUAUAGCCCGCAGUAUGAGACAAGUGAAGAUUCUCAGAUCGAACAGCAAUAUGAGACUCAGCUUGACCAACAACGCGACGAGACUGCGUCUGACACUUACAACGACGGCCGCGGUCUGACUCCAUCGCCUUCCGGGUUUAGUGUGCCAAUUCCAGACCCGUAUGAUCAGGCACAUGAGCCUGAGAAUUACUCAAGCCGAGAAUUGGAUGCUGAAACUCCUACCACGCACCAGGCGGACACUUCCUUCAUGCUAAUGGAACGCGCAGCCGUCAUAGAAAGCUCUGAGACAGCUUCACCUGUUCGGAGAAUGACUACAAAGCGCUUUGAACUCGAAACAGAGCACCAACGCGAUGCAUUGCCGCAACGGGAUCCUUAUACAGCGGACGAAUCAGAUACCCGCGCCACGGUGGUGGGACGUUCAGCCGUUUCCGAAAGGACUGAUUCAACACCACUUUCGGGAAGGGUGACUGUGAGGGACUUGGCCGCAGAGUCGGAGCAGAGUAUCGAUGAUGAUGAACCUGUGUUUAAGCACUCUACUAUACCACUGUCGAGACAACCAACGGUCCGGCUGGAGUAUGGGAGCAAGACCAGUGCCACACCAACGGUUAUACAAGACGACAGAAGGUUUUCCUCCCUCAUUACCUCAGAUCGUCUCCCAAGCCCAGAGAUCGAAGAAUCUCAGGAAACACAGCGCUUCGCUAGCCAACAGCGCUAUCCGACCGUGCAGCCCAUUGCUAAACUUGCGGAACAGGCUACAAGAACGAUUUCUUUCGUGUCUUCUGAGCCUACUCCGCCUGAAGAUCUCGCUUCUCAACUGCGACGAAGACUUUCUGAAAUUGAGAUUGCAAUGCCAUUGAGUGAUUCUGCAAGUCGGCCGAUAUCACCAGAGUCACCGUCGGCGCCACGCAUCAUCACAGGUCUAUCGCCCACAGACUCGAUUAAGAUACCUUCCAUAGAGACUGUAAAUCGCAUGUCUACUAGGAAGGCCACUCUGAUGCGCUCCCGACAGCCGACGUUUAGAGAGCCAGCACGUGAAUUUACACCUCCAGCACAGCGGUCGCCCGAUGAAGACACGCUCACAACACUACCACAAAUGCAAGUCGAGGAACUGGUUCUAUCACCAGUCACUUCAAUAUCGAACGAAUCAGAACAAGUACAGUUUUUGUCUCUUAAUGAGCCGACAGCAACUUCUUUGAGAAGACUGACUACAAGAGAGUCUGAUCGCACAGCGACUCCACUAGAACCAGCGCCUCACGAGGAAUCUCUCCCUGUUGUUGAAGAUCAAGAGCCCAAUUUUCUUCCCCCCGUACAACGGAUUCGCAGGAUGACUACAGUUCAUGCUGAGCCGACCAACGUUUUUUCGAGAAGAGAAUUGGCGAAAGAGUUCAAGCGUAGUGACACUUUCUCACCAAUACAGCGGGUUCGCCGGUCGACUACUCUAGUACCGUCUCAGCAGCGGCGAGCAAGUACACAGUCACCACUUAACCAAGGGAAAGAAGAUACACUGCCUUCACCGCCAAUACAGCAGACACGCCACCAAACGACUGCUGCGCCAUUUUUUGAGCAGCGGAGGACAAGCACGCAACCAACACUGAUACCAGAGCAAGACCAAUCCGACUUCUUACCUCCGGUACAACGCAUCCGUAGGAGUACUACCGUGUUGACAAAGCCUGAGACGGCUCGCGAAUCAUCACCGGUAGUGCAAGAGCAAGAUGACUUUGAUUUCUUAUUGCCGGUGGAACGCAUACGAAGAGUUACCACUGUCUUGCCAGCUGCAAAGAGGCGCACGAGUACGGUGGCGGAGCGCGCGAUGUCCCCCGAAUUGUCACUAUCUUUGGAAGAACGUGGAUCUGGUUUUUUUAGGACUCUCACAACGCUUGUUGAAACAGGCGGACUUCUGUCCGGUUUUCCAUCUCAUGAAUCGUUACAAAUCCUCGAUAAUGAUGAAGAUGAGAAUGAGAAUGAGUCAGAGUUCUUACAUCCAGUAGAGCGAAUCCGCAGGGCAACUACUGAAGUACUACACGAGCAGACACAAGGAACAGAAGAGCUUGAGCAUGACGCGACAUUCUAUGAGUCCGAAGAUCCUGAGCAGCUGCUGCCGGUCGGACGAGAGGAAUCUGGAUUUCAAACUCUAGUUGAAAGGAUACGUCGAACCACUUCUCUUUCGCCGGCCUAUCAGAAUGAGCUGCUUCCAUUUCAGCAAACCCAUCGAAACACUACCGUGUCGCUAGCGGAAGACGGGGAACCGGCUUUCUCGCCUUCCGUAGAACGAAGCCGUCGAGCUACUACUGGUUUGGCAGCCGAGCAGCAGCAAGCAACGGUAGCCACUGAACAGGAUGUUGUCUUACCCGAGUCUGUAUCCCGCAAACAGUCGCUAGUUGGAAAAGAAGAAGACUCUGAGUUUGCGCCUCAGGUACAACGCAUUCGCAGAAUGACUACUGUGGCGCCGGCCGAACGGCAGCAAAGUACUCUACAGCGUAGGCAUACCGAAUUUCUGCCAGAGCUGGAGAUUACUUCAGAACCAUCUCCCAGCGAUGAGGAUGAAUCAAAGUCGCGACUCCAACCGGUUCGCCGAAUAACCACUGCGCCACCGGGUGUACAGCAAUCCAUGAUAGAGCCAGAGCUCGGUUCGUCAGCAGAGCUGGAUUCUCAGUCUCCAGUAGGACGAAUUCGCAUGUCGACCACUGUACAACCAGCCAUUCAGCGACAAGUGACAGUUGACCCUGGAGCCGAUGCUCUGCUAGUAGAGCUAGGUUUCAAUGGUGCGUUCCCAGCCAUCGAUGAAGUGACCGAGCUUCAACCCGCACCCAGGAGCAUUCGUGGAUCGACUGUAUCACCAAUUCAGCAAAUGGCGGGGGCUUAUCCUGGCACUCCUACUUCCAAGUCUGGAUCUCAGGAGGGGACUCCGGUUGUCGAGGAAGAGUCCGAAGUCCAGCUUCCGGUUGAACGCGUUCGGCAAGCAACUGAUAUACAGUCGGUCGGACGGCGACAAGAGUCUCGCAUAGCGUCACCGGUCAUUGAAGAGCCUAGACUCGAACUUUCAAUAGAACGAAUACGCCGAACGACUACUGUACAACCGGCUUUUCAGCUGCAAGACUCUUUCAGAUCUACUUCCGAGUCUUCCACAUCUUCUCCAGUAGGAGUUGAUAGAUCCGAAGAGGCUGAGUUCCAAUUUCCAGUCGAACGUGUUCGCCGGACAACCACUUUACAACCAGGUGAACAACUACAAGAGUCUAGAACAGGUUCACUAGUACCUAAGGACGGCUUUGAGUUCCAAAAGCCGGUGGAGCGAAUCCGCAGAACAACCACCGUGGAAUCGAGUGGAAAGCGGCAAGAUUCUUUCAAACCUGCUUCCGUGUUUCCCGAUACUUCUCCUGUAGCAGAAAAGGUGCUUGAACAACCCGUCUCAUCUCGCGCAGCUUCACGCCAGCCUACCUUUCAAGCUCGCCGGACAAGUACGAUGCCGCCAGCUACCGAUUCUCAUCAUCUGGCUAGAUCUAUCUCAUCGCCGGUUUUAGAGGACUUGGCAGAGGGGCCUUCUGCCUCGCGUAUUGUUUCGCGCCAGCCAACGCGAGCGUCUCGUACAAAUACAGUGCUAUCAGCUGUACCGCGGAACGGCUCUGUUGAACUCGACAAGUCUCCCUUCUUGUCUCUGCCAGAAGAGGGCGAACCUUAUCAAGCCUUCUCACGUCAGCCCACGCGUAGGGCAACCAUCCGUGAAACUGAGGCGAAAGCUCUUCCCUCAUCUGAGACCCCAUUGGAGAUAGAAGACGUUCCUGAUCAGAUCACCUUGUCGCGUUCUGCCUCACACCAGCCUACGCUCAGAGAGGACGUCCUCGCUGCAUCCGAGACUCAACAGGAUCCACCAGGAGAAGGGGAAGGGAUCUUAGCAGAGCCUCAAAUAGAUGCAAGAAAUCUAGAUCACCCUUUCAGACGACAAACAACUGACCUAGCAGACGCGACACUUAAAGAACAGCUUACUUUGGGUGGCAGAACAACGACUACCCGUGUUCUGUCACGUACAGAGUCUUUGGCAUACCAAAGCCCCGAGUACAACAAGGAAGUCCCGCUUGAUGAUUUCACCGAAUUGGAAAGUAGAGACGUUCUUGAAACAACUCACGGUGUUGAUCUCAAGGAAGAGACCGAUCAGGUCGAGAAAGCACGCACUACAGAUUUGGUGUCUGACACGGAGUCUUUCGAGCCUUCCAUCUACCAACGGAUUACUGAAGAGCCGCAGCAUGAAGACAAUGAUUCUCGAAGUCAAAGCAAAACUGGAUCACCCGAAGUUUACGGGAGCAAGGACUUGAUUGGGCAGUCUGAGAGAGCACCGACCAACCACUUCAACCCAACUCUGGCGCCUAUUGCGCAUGCAGAUGCUGAAGAUCAGCUUGAUCCAGAUGUUCACUUCGAAAGACGCAUGACGCAAGCUUCACAAGAGUUUCAAGCCAGCAUACCACGGAUAUUGACGAUACCUAAUGGAUCUAACCGUAAGCGAAGUAGCGACGCUAGAAACAUCGUAUCGUCUGCUACAGGCUUUGGGCCUGUGGUAAGCACUGAGGUUGAGAGUCAGCGCAAUGAGAGCCCUCAGGUUGCGAGAAGAAAGACACAGAUACCGAGUGAGCCUGGCACAGCAGAUCGCAGACGCAGCAGUGCUGCUCCUGGGAUCACAGCGCCCCCUCCAGAGAUUAUCAGUGAACAAAUGAAAGUCGGGAUGCAGUCUAGAAGCCCUAAGCAAAAGCCAAGUAAGGGCGCAAACUACUCGCCUGAGCAGCAAUAUCCACCGGCACCAGCAUAUCCAUUACGCGAAACGCCAUCAUGGACGAAGCCGGAUACUCGUACACCAUCACCGAAGCCGAAAGUCGAAAGCCCGCCCAAAAAGCGAGGAUGGCUUGGUCUAGGGUCUUGGCCCAAGGAAGAGCUUCUAGAAUCAGAGGUAGAAAGCCAAUCUCGUCGACCUAGUCAGCCUGCCCUCAACUCAUCAUCUGUCCAGCCCUUUCGGAAUGCGGCACCUGGGUCACCAGAAGUCCCAGGGGGAACGCAAAAAAGGCAAAACAGUUAUCCAAGCCAGCCCAGACAGUCUGUCUAUCGUCGAGAACCAGAUGUCAUCCCUCUGCGAAGGGCCGACACUCGGUCAAGGCAAACCUCCGUCUACGCUCACAAGGACGACUACUACCCAAUCACUCCAAUCCUUCCAGACCGCGUUGACGACGAUACGCGGCCACAGUCCUCACCGUCUCGAAGGACCAGCUACUCCGUCCGUCGAACAGCUUCAACGAAUGAAACCUUCCGUCAGGACGAACCAAAGCGGCAGUCUACCCGUCGGUUUUCGUCGAGACCCUCUCAACGCGAAUCGCGGCCUCAGCAAGCUCUUCGUACAUGGACGGAUGUUUCCACCCGCUCCCAAGCACCUGAGGUCCAGACUUGGCCGGAUAAUGAAGUUGAAGUCUCUCGCACGGCUCAAGGAUCGGACAAAGAAGAGGUCCAAAGCCCAGUCCGUAGAGACGUCCGCAGACCAACCAAAACUGGAACCUCAAUCGCAAAAGAAGAAACAUGGCCUAGAGAAGGUACUCAGUCGCCGGAAACGCGACGGAAUCUGUCUCAGGUUCCCCAGAAAGAAGGUCCGUCAGAUGAAGGAGAGUCGAGUCGAUCGCCAAGCAGGAUGUUGGAAGUGCCUAGUGCUCAAGCGCCGCAAGAGCAAGCGCAAGAGUCAACAAGACGACCAACGGCUCAAGGAGGGGAGUAUAAUAUCACUAGAGAGGAAACGAAGAUGGUCUUGGGAUCCAAGGUCUCGAAAGGCGAAGAAGACAACGCCAUUCGCCGUAGCAUUGAUAGACCGCGUGAGCAGUCCGUCGACGACAACGCCAGAUUUACCAGCACAGUUGACCUCACGCGUCCAAGAAAAUCACCAAAACCGCCCACCAGAGAUGAAAGCAACCAAAGAAGGCCUUCAGCAUCAGAUGCAGGAAAAGAGGCAACCAUUGCGCGAGAACACAUCCGUCGAUCAACCGCAGCACGAGCGCGAGACAUCACGGCCUUCCAGCCUGCAGAGGAGGAUCCAGCGAUCGCCACAAGAAGGGCUUCAUCAUCAGUCAAGAGAACGAAAACACGAUGUAGAUCUUCAGCAAUUGGGGAAGAUAGAGCGCCAAUCCCGGCGCGAACACCCACAGUCACCAGAACAUCAACGCGAACGGCAACAAUCCCAUCGAGUGCCAGACAAGCAGAUAGUCGAAGACAAUCCACCGCCCCGAGAGCGGGUACACCAGUCUCGCGUGCGGCCUUAUUCAACAACGAAGCGGAAUCAAUCAAAGCAAGAGGAGUUGAAUCACCACCACAGCAAGAAGAACGAGGCCCAGCCUCGUCAGCCGCGGCACAAGCAGAUCGGAGGUCAUCCGCUACGCCCGGAGCGCGUAUGGCAGUAUCCCGAGCAGCUCUACCAAGAUCAGAGACAACAAGAAAAGGAGGGGAUGGACCUACUUCGCCAACGUCACAAGGAUCCCUCGGUACAAUCUCGCCAGUUCCAGCAUCCAACACAGGGGCCAGUCAAUCCGGGCCACAGCCAACGAAAGGUUCAUUGGCAACGAACCAGCCAGCCGACCGAAGCCCAGAGCAGCAAACUCAGCCAGGCGCGCGAACAGAUGUGAGUGAUGUCAAACCAGCUCUCCCACGCCGUGUAACCUCAUAUGGAAUGUACGAAUCCAGCUCGAGUGAUCCAUAUACUAUGCCCGCAUCCGGACCACGUAAGGCAGCCGCUCUCGCCUCUUCAAACGCCAAUGCAAGUGCAAACGCAUCACCAAUUACCCAGCAGGUCGAUCCUAAAUCGUCACCGCUUACCCGUCGAGAUUCACUGAAGCCACGGCGCAGUCCCACGUCGAGGAUCUCCGAACUCUUUGGGCGCGACAAGACUGGCCCUGGGAUUGGAAGCCAGCAACAGCGACAACAGCAAGCACCAACACCUGCAGCAAAACCGCUGGGUGCAGUCACGUCUGGCUUUGGGCUUACUUCUAGUCCAGCAGUAAAGGGGGCUGGGCCGGAUACGCCAGCGAAAUCGUCGCAAGUGCAGCAAUCACAGGCCAAAGUCCAGGCAAAAGCUACACAUGGAGGUGGUAUGACCAAUCUACUUAGAGGACGUUGGGGGUGGGGAUGGGGAAAAUGAUCACUUGAUGUUGUGUGCGCUGCUUAUCUGUGAGUGAUGGGUGGUAGGAGAAUGAUGAUCUACUGUGUUAUUACUUGAAGUAUGGCGACAAGAGAGAACAUGG